CAGUGCCCUCCCAAUGUCUGUUCGUCCAUUUCUUUUACUGUCUAUGGUUGUGGCCGAGUCAUACAUAUGCAGCCCAGUAAGCAGGACUGCGUUAUACCAGAGAAUGUCAACGGGCUCUGGUUAUACCUCCAAAAAAUGAUUUCUUAGAAUGACGAUUGCAAGCUCACGGAGUAUUUUUCAGGCAGUUCAUCAAAAGGACCACAAGACUCUGACACUGCUUCUGUUGAUCUUCGGCAGCAUGAUUCAAGGCCUCCUUCAGGACAUCGAGUGGCCCCCUCACCUUCCGGCCCUACAAGAGUUCGAACGACUAGAAGCCAGUGGACGCCUGCGGGACUUCCCUGUAGGUGAAUAACAGCCCUCCAAAUUAUUGGUGUUGAUAAAGAAGUCAUUGCCGGAGAAGACGUUGAAUUGGUCUGUCAAUUAUCUGGAGCUGAAGUUGUCAUUCAGGUAGAUUGGAUGAGAACAACACCGAAGACGGUUCAAAAAAAGAUUUUCACAAUCAUAAGAAAUAGGAAUACAACACCUGAAGAAGUGGAUGAUCUCAAAACACGUCUUAAAUUUAUUGGGAAUAUUCAAGAAGGCGUAGCAAAUAUUCUUUUAAAGAAUGCAAGUAUUAAAGAUUGUGGGAAUUACUCCUGUAGAUUUACUUUGUUUAAAGGCAGUCCUGUCAAGAAAUCCAUCCAGUUGACUGUGCAUGCUCCACCUGUGGUAAAUGUCCUCACUGUUACACCCUUGGUUGGCAUAAGUGAGGUAACUCUUGCAACCUGCAGUGCUGACAACGCAUAUCCUCCUGCUGAGGUGUCAUGGAAUGCCAGCUCUCUUGGAAGCACAGUGAGCAUUACAUCAAUCUCAACUGUGAACCCAGAUGGCACUAGCAAUGUCACCUGCAAUCUUCUGGGUCUACCUUCCAGAGGAAUCCAGCGCAAGGAAGUCCUGUGUUUGGUCAGACACCCAACAUUGAAUGGACAGCAAAUGUUCAAUUACUCUAUCAACAUCCAUUAUCCCCCUGAUCCUGCUAAAGUGACCACUCUUCAGAGUCCCCCUCCAUCUGUAGUGUUUCAAUGUCAAACAGACGCCAAUCCAGAGGAUGUACAAUAUAAAUGGAGAAGGAAUGGAGUUCCUCUCUCCGAUAAUAGAAUUACAAAAAAUGGAAGCCAACUCCACUUCCACAAUUUAACAUAUGACAUGAAUGGCCUGUAUGAUUGUGAGGUUUCAAACUUGUAUGGGUCAGCAACAGGUUCAUUGCAUGUAUUUGUUCCAUUUCUGCACCAAUGUACUCGAGAUUACUGUUUAAUCUGGAGCAUUUUCACCAUAUUCCUAACUCUCGGUUGUAUAUUAUGUGUCAGAUUUGUCCUGAAACAUUCGUUUGCAACAACAUGUUUCGACAACAUGUCACGACUGGGAAGGCAAAGUAUGGAAACCCCACCAAACCGUGAGCCGAUCUCAGGAGGUCAAUUAUCGGGUAGAUCACAGUCACGGGAAGAUGCAAGAGAAGGAUCUUCUGAGCUGAGCAUGAUGCGUGAAGAAGCAGAGUCUCAGCAAAUAUGACACGUGACAUUCUAAGUUUUCAGAUUUAAUUUUAGUUGUUUCGGCUUUUUUAAAGUAGUGUUCACCGUAGUUCCAAUUACAGGGGGUACAGGGGGGUACUAUAGCCCCCAAUGAAGACCCAGUACCCCCCAAAGACACAGAAAUAUUAGUUUUGGGGGGGGUGUCAGAUAAUUUUUCUGAUAUUAAUUUUUACAGUUAGGCUACAAUACAAGCAGUGUUGUAAUGUAACGGAGUACAAAUACUUCAUUACUGUACUUAAGUAGAAAUUUCACGUAUCUGUACUUUACUUCACUAUUUAAAUUUAUGUCGGAGAAAGGCAGAGAAAAGCGCAGUUUACACUAAGGAUUGAACGAUUGAUAAAUACGAUGGAAACUUGGGUCUGACAUCGUUCGCAAUGUGUGGUUUGUCCAUGACGCUGAUAACGCUACGUUCGCAAAUGUACGUACAUCUGGCCCUGUGUGUCUAAACAUGCUUUAAUUAGCUUACACUUUAAUGAGCUGAAUUUUGAGCUUACAGUUCUUUCACCAACCUAUGUGUUUUACAUUAACUUACAAAAUAGAUAGGCUACUUUAGCUUAGUCCUCAGAUAGAGGAGGGUUGCUGCUUGCUCUGUUAAGGUAUUUCUGUCCCUCCCAAACUGCAUUUGGACUCCAGCGGAGUCGAGCUUUCUUCACUACAGCCAGCGAGCGAGGAAGAGAGAGAGCGGCUUAAAAAGAAAACUCAGAAUCGUAGACAAGGUGGGAAAGGUUCAGAUAAGUUGAGAAACAGCGGAUCUUAACACAGAAACAAAGUCAACUUAUGUGACGACAGUCAAUUUAUGUGUUUAGUAGGCUAUGCUUAGAAACGAAAUCAGCAGUGAACUUAAGUCAACACUAGCCUACAGUACAACACCAUGCACCAAGAUAACUAAAAAGUAGGCUGCAUCGGAACUCCUAGAGCCGCUGUCGUAGCCGACCUCAAAGUAAAGCAGGGUUCCCACGGGUCAUGGAAUUUAGAACUAAACAUGGUGAAGCAGCUUUUAGCUGCUAUGCGGCUCAGAUCUGGAACUAACUGUAAAACUAGCCAGUUUUAAAUCUAGACUUAAGACCAAAUUGUUCUCAGAUGCUUUCUGCUAACUGCACCGAGUUACAAAUUCUGUAUCUGACUAAUUAUUCUACCUUGUCUUUUAUUACUUGUAUUACUUUUUUACUACUUUUGCCUUUGUUUUUGUUUACUAUACUUUAUCAUUCUUUAUUUUUAAAUGAUUUUACCUUGUGUUUUAUGUUUUCUUUUUAUUAUGAUCUUUACCUUUU